AUGCCUACUUCCACCUACUUUGCUAAAUAUCCCUCCUUUCCCUCUGAUAUCCCAGUGCCAAACAUGCCCAUUUUCUCCUUCGCUAAACUUGCAGUCAAUGAUGGACACGAGUCCUAUGCUCUUUUUGAAGCCAGUCGUCACAUAGGCUUCUUCCAGCUUGACUUCACUGGGUGUUUGCUCGGUGAUCAAUUUCUCAAGAAUACCGAAAAAACGUUUGACUUGAAUGCCGAAUUAUAUGCACUCCCUAAAUUGGAGCUGAAUGAAUACGCCUACAAUCCCCCAAUUUCUCUCUUUCGCUACAAGCCCUUAGGUUAUCACAAGAUUGGCAAAUUUGGAGAUCGAGUCGAGCUCUACGGAAUAAGUCGUGAUGACAUAACUGGGGCUUCUGAGCCCCUUGCUAACCCGAGUUGUAUCGAACGUUGCCGCCCACAGCUGAAGACGUAUAUUGAACAGGCCAACGAAAUUGUAAAUAUUAUUCUCGGGCAUUUGGAAAAACAUCUGAAGCUUCCACUGGGUACUUUCGCAGAAUUGCAACCAAUGAUGCAGCCAAGCGGCAGUGUUUUGCGGAUGUUGAAGUAUGAGCCUCAGCCAGCCGAUGAUCGCCGUACUGCCAUGAUGGGGCACACCGAUAUCACUGCACUAACCCUUCUUUUUAGUACAACUGGCGGUCUCCAAAUUCUUAACGAUGACGCAGAUCGUCGCCUCGAGUGUUCUUGGACUCAUAUUAAACCACAGCCAUCUACCUGCAUCUAUCCUUUUUCCCUCAUACCACCAGGCGAGGAAAGAGAGAACUCUGAAAAUGAUAUGAACGCGAGAGAUUGGGAGUGGCAUAAACUUUCUUCAAUUAAGGCAGGCGAUAUAGGGAGAAGCUUAGGCGGUAAACCAUUUGAGCCUAAGAGAAAUGUGAAUGAGUUGUUCCCGGCUAUUAUUGAUGCGGUUUGA